GUGGUGUAGCGGCCCAGCGGGGUGAAGGUUACCUCCACUGACUACUAGUAGUUGCAAGUUGCAGGUCGAUACGAGCUCGUUGUGUUACAUGUAGCGUGUAUUAUAAGGAGUUCGAAGUUAGAAACUUGGCCAUAUACGUAGCCAGCACUACAGGCAAAAGGAUUCGAAGAUGACCGACGAGAAGCCAUUCCGUGUAAUCAUCUGGGCUGUACCUCGCUCAAUCUCAACAUGUGUUCUGAAAUGCCUCGGUUUCCAGCCAAAUACACAGGCUUGGUUCGAGCCAUACUGCCUCGCAUUCUUUACCGAUAUCACCUGCAAGAAGAUGGGCGUCUCUCUGCCUCGCUAUAUCAAAGAUUUCAACCCGGAAGCUUUCGCUGGCGGCAUGGCGUCCGCAGUAAAAGGAACUAAAAUGGAGAACGCGUACUCUCCUGGCGAAAUCGAUUUGUCCCUCAUUUUACGAGACGGUGUUCGGGACCAACUAGAUUCUUUACCAGCCGGUAAGUCUCACAUCAUCAAGGACAUGGCAUACUCUGUCACGGGCUUCUAUGACAUGUUACCCAGCAAGGAGUCUAACUUCAAACAUGUCUUCCUCAUCCGCAAACCCGAAUGCAUGUUUCCAUCAUGGCGCCGGUUGCUCAUGAUCCAGCUAAAGAUCAUGGGAAUGGAGGCGGGAAAACCUAUCGAGGACGCUACGUUCGACAUGACCACCGACGUCCCGUUCAUGAUGCCUGGAUACAUGUACAAGUGUCAAUUCGACCUGUGGAAACACGUCCGCGAGAACAUCGAUCCCAACCCGGUGAUUAUCGACGCGGACGAGUUGGCCAUGCACCCUGCCGAGCUGCUACCGAAGCUGUGCGAGGUAUCAGGCAUGCCCUUUGACCCCAGUCUCCUGGAAUGGGACGAAUCUCCCGACUGCUGCGGAGAGUGGCGCUCUCUUUUCCCCCUCAAGAAGAAAGACGGGACUCUGAAUGGGCAGCAACAUGAGAUGGCCCUUCACAGCACAUGUUUCAAAGCUCCCAGACCUCCGGUACCACGUGAUGAAAUGACCCCUGACAUGAUUAAAUGCGUAGAUGCAACCAAGGAUUAUUAUGCCGAAAUGGCUUCCCAUCGAAUCAAACCAAACCCCUAAUCGACAUAA